CAGGGAAAACGCAAGGCCGCUGCUAAGAAACCCACUGGUCCGCGCAAGAAUGAACCUCUUCCUACUGUUUUCCCAUGCCUUUUCUGUAACCAUGAAAAGAGCGUUAUGGUUAAGCUGGACAAAAAAGCAGGUGUGGGAUAUUUGAACUGUAAGGUGUGUAAUCAACAAUUUCAAUGCGCAGUGAACUAUCUUUCAGCUGCGGUAGAUGUCUACUCUGAUUGGGUCGAUGCCUGCGACGCUGUAGCUAAAGAAGAUGGAGAAGAGCCUGAACAAGUACAAACGAGCAGUCGACCAAAUGGCGGUGCAACUUCAUCCCGGACUACACCAUUAAAGAAAAAGCAGGUCGGUGAACAAGGGGGAACGAGUAAUUCGAAUAUCAGUUACAGUAAUCUUCAUACAAACCAAUCGAUGUUAGCAUACGAUGAUGAUUAUUGA